AUGGCCUGCCCAAAGUUGUGGGUGCUUAUAGGAUUAUUUAUACAUGUGCUGCAGUGCGCGCCCACCCUGGGAGAAGAAGCCGCUGAGGCGGAAGAGGAAGAAUGUAGGUUGCUUGGGAAAUUUGAUUUACGUGGCUAUGUAGAAGCAGAGCAGGCCAUGCACGUGAUUGGAGGGAUGUUCCCGAUUCACUUCAGGACCAUAUUGGAAGAAGAUCCGACUAGUACACCACCAAUGUCUCCACAAUGUGAGGGGUUUAACUUCCGAGGUUACCGCUGGGUCAAAGCCAUGAUACAUGCCAUCAACGAUAUUAACAAAAGAGAUGACAUUCUACCAAACAUAACACUUGGCUACCAGAUCUAUGACACGUGCUUUACAAUGUCCAAGACAGUUGAGAAUUCGUUGGCGUUCCUUACUGGGCAGAAUGAAACGACCCCUGUCUUCCGAUGCAGUACUGGAGCUCCUCUAGCAGCUGUCGUUGGAGCUGGUGGAUCAACUCUUUCCAUUGCUUCCUCAAGAAUCCUUGGGCUUUACUAUUUCCCUCAGGUUGGCUAUGCCUCCUCUUCCUUACUUCUCUCUGAUAAGUAUCAGUUCCCUACCUACCUUCGAACUAUCCCGAGUGAUGUGGUACAGUCUUUGGGAAUGGCGAAUUUGGUUCACCAUUUUGGCUGGAGAUGGGUUGGAACGAUAGCAGCAGACGACGAUUACGGGAAGUACGGCGUCAAAGCUUUUAAAGAAAAGGUGGAAACCCCCAACACCUGCAUCGCCUUCUCGGAAACAAUCCCCAAAAUCUAUUCCAGGAAAAAGAUCAUGGAGGUUGUUGGCGUUGUGAAAGAAACCAACGCCACCGUCAUUGUGAUCUACUCAUCUGAUAUAGACUUUCAUCCUUUAGUGGAAGAGCUUAUCAUUAGCAAUGUCACUGGAAAAACCUGGAUAGCGAGUGAGGCAUGGGUCACGUCAGCCUUAAUUGCCAAGCCUGAAUAUUUCCCACUCCUCGGUGGGACGAUUGGGUUUGGGAUAAAAAGGGGUGAAAUACCAGGCCUCAGAGAAUUUCUUCUAGACAUACACCCGGGUAAAAACCCUGAAGAUGACUUGGCCAUUGAAUUUUGGCAGUCUGCGUUCAAUUGUACUUGGCCCAACAGCAACAUCUCGUAUAAUACCGACAACAGGAAAAAUGUCACUGGCCAUGAGAACAUAAUUGAUUUUUCUUCAGAUCAGCUCUGCACUGGAGAUGAGAAACUUGAAGACCUUAAUAACACAUACCUAGAUGUUUCAGAACUUAGGAUAACGUAUAAUGUCUAUAAGGCUGUAUAUGCAGUUGCUUAUGGUCUUGACAAGUUACGCCUCUGUGAUCCAAGAAGAGGACCAUUCCAACCAGGCAGCACGUGCACCAGCAUUGAUGAGUUUGAGCCCUGGCAGCUAAUGUACUAUAUGAAGAAUGAGAUGCAGUUCACAGUUCUUGAUGAGGAUGUAAACAUAAAUGACAAGGGAGACGUGUAUACUCCAUAUGACAUUCUAAACUGGCAAAUGAAUGAAACUGGUCAUAUUUCCUUUGUGAAAGUUGGAAUAUUUAACAUGACUAGUGAAACAAACAAGGAGCUUGUUGUAAAUAAUGAAUCAAUAUUUUGGAACAAUCCGUCAGGAACACGGCAGCGCUCCGCAUGUAAUAACAACUGCCAACCUGGUUAUCGGAAGGGAAUCCUGCAGGGGAAGCCCUCUUGUUGUUAUGACUGUAUACGGUGUGCGGAAGGACAGUUCAGUGCAACUACAGAUGCAAGGGAAUGUAAACCAUGCGCCGAAGAUUACUGGUCCAACGAGCAGAGAAGCGCCUGCGAUCUUAAGGCUGUGGAAUUUUUGGCUUAUGAUGAAGCUUUAGGAAUGACGUUGAUAGCACUGUCUGUAUUCGGGGCUUGCGUCGUCCUGGCUGUGACUGGUGUCUAUAUUAAGUUCAGAAGCACGCCUCUUGUGAAAGCCAACGAUCGCGAGCUGAGCUUCCUCAUUCAGUUUUCUCUCGUCUCAACCUUAAUGACCUCCAUCCUCUUUAUUGGUAAGCCAGAAGACUGGUCGUGCCAAGCCCGCCAAGUGGCCCUCGCCUUGGCUUUUUCUGUUUGCCUCUCUUGUCUCUUGGCGAAGACGGUGAUGCUCUUCCUGACGCAGUUGGCGAAAAAUUCAAAGGUGGCAGAGAAAGUCCGCAUGUGCAUGAGGCCCAUUUUCCAAAAAAUCAUCGUCCUCUUCGCCAUCCUGGCCGAAGCGGGCAUUGCUUCCACUUACCUCAUACUUGAUCCUCCCAGUAUGUUCAAAAACACCCAGUUCACAGUGCUGAAAAUCAUUUUCGAAUGCAACGAGGGCUCCAUCUUGUUCUUGUGCGUUAUGUUCGGGUUUGACGUGUUCCUCGCCAUCCUCUGCUUCCUCACUGCCUUCGUGGCUCGUAAGCUGCCCGAUAACUUUAACGAAGGCAAGUUUGUCACCUUUGGGAUGCUGGUCUUCUUCAUUGUCUGGAUAUCGUUCGUGCCUGCUUACUUAAGCACGAGAGGGAAGUUCAAAGUGGCCGUGGAGAUAUUUGCCAUUUUGGCCUCCAGCUUUGGCUUGCUAGGGUGCUUCUUUGUACCGAAGUGCUACAUUAUUUUGCUGAAACCUCUAAGAAACACAGAAGAAAUCGUAGGUGGCAGAGUGACCUUGAACGACAAGAGUGCACCACCAACCUCUGCCUCCUGCACCAGUGAAAUCAACACGGUCUCCACCACAGUUCUUGAUGAGUAG